UUCUUUUAUUUGACUCAUCAUUAGCUUUAAUUUUUUACAUAGAUUGAGAUGGCUUCUAAGCCAUGGUUGGUUCUAUCACUUCUUCUAUUAGCUGCAAACUGCAUGCAACAAUGUGUCCAUGGAGAAUCGCAAGUGCCUUGUAUUUUUAUAUUUGGAGACUCUCUAUGUGACAAUGGAAAUAACAACAAUCUUCAAACAUUUACAAAGUGCAAUUACAAACCAUAUGGCAUUGACUUCCCAUUAGGCCCAACCGGAAGAUUUACCAAUGGACGAACAGCUGUUGACCUAAUUGCUCAGCUUCUGGGAUUUGAGAGUUUCAUCCCACCCUUUGCAAACACUGGUGGCUCAGACAUACUAAAGGGUGUGAACUAUGCUUCUGGAGCAGCUGGUAUUCGACCUGAGACCGGCACACGUAUGGGUGCCAAUGUUAAUUUGGGAUUACAGAUGAGAAACCACAGAGUCAUAUUUUCGAGAAUUGCUACCAAACUUGGAGGUGUUGAGAAAGCUAAACAGCACCUUAACAAGUGCUUGUAUUAUGUGAACAUUGGAAACAAUGAUUACAUAAAUAAUUACUUUCUUCCCGAGUAUUACCCAACAAGUCGUAACUAUACCCCUCAGCAAUAUGCCGACAACCUUAUUCUCCAGUUAUCUCAACAUAUGCAGGCAGAGGAUCCUAUGUGUUAA